AGAGAGAACUCGUUCAGUUCUCGAAGCUCAAAGAGGAAGAAAGGUGGGGAAAAAUGGUGAACUACAUGCUGAAGAUCAACGCCGAGCUCGAGAGCCUCGCCAAUCUCCAGCCUCAGAACGGUUGCGACGAUCCCGAUUUCUCCUACUUCUUCAAGAUGAGAUGUGGGAGGUGUGGCGAGGUAACUCAGAAGGAGACAUGUUUGACGCUGGGGGAAAGCUUUCCGAUUCCUAAUAGCAAGGGAACCGCUCAUCUUGUUCAAAAGUGCAAGUUCUGCGAGAGGGAGGGAACUGUGACAAUGAUCCCUGGCCGAGGUCGGGCACUGACACAGGAAGACAGCGAAUCAGGGAAAUAUGCACCAUUGAUGUUAUUUGACUGCAGAGGCUAUGAACCUGUUGAAUAUUCUUUUCGUGGUCUUUGGAAGGCUGACUCUGGAACAAUGCAAGAAGCACAGCUGUCUAUUUCUCUUGGUCAUGGGUACAUAUUAUUUCUUACGACCAUGUACAGUUUCACAUGGAUAGCCUAAUUGAAGUUUAUUUAAUCGUUUUGGAGUGUCAUUCUCUUGACUAUACUUUUAACUGCAGACUUGAUCCUUUGGUAUGACUUAUGAGGUCCGAUGAAGAAGUGUAAUCAUGGGGUGGCACUAUUAGUAUCGAUCUCCUAAUUUGCGCUAAGCCUCAUGCUUUAUAUGCCCAAUCAGUUUUUAUCCCAGACUUGAAUUGACAAUUGAAUGUCCGUCAGGUUUUAGACCAUGCCAUGAGUACAAUAGUACGAAUUGUAUCAAGGGUGUUCACUUUGUCUGUUCUAUUA